AUGCUGUUCCAUGCCACUCUAGUAUUCCUCAUUCUCCAUACGAGUAGCGUGGCAUCUGCCCCUUCGGAACGUCGAGCGAUUCCCCUCGCUGACCGAACGUUCAAUUAUGUGGUCGUUGGUGGCGGUACCGCUGGAAGCGUGAUCGCGACGCGACUAGCACAGAACGACUUCAAAGUUGCCUUGGUCGAAGCUGGGGAUCACUACGAGUUUGAGUCCGUGUCUGAGUUUCCUGCAGCUGAUGCGUUAUCGAUGGGAUCAGAUCCUACUUUCCGCUCACCGGAGGAUUGGGGCUUUGUGACAAGAGAUCAACCCGGUGCUAAUAGGCGGGCGAUUCAUUUCGCCCGAGGAAAAUGUCUUGGGGGAUCGUCAGCGUUGAACUUUAUGGUGUAUCAACGCCCGACACGCGAGUCUAUGGAAAUAUGGGCAACUGCAGUCAAUGACAGCAGUUACACAUUCGACGAAGUGCUCCCAUUCUACAAAAAGAGCGUCAAGUUCACGGCCCCAAACACAGGCUAUAGAGUUCAAAAUGCCUCUGCGGACUAUGAUAUCAAUGCCUACGACUCGGAUGGCGGCCCAUUGCAGGUGUCGUAUGCUAACUUCGCCGAGCCUUUCUCGUCAUGGAUGAGCCUCGGUAUGGAAGCUAUCGGCAUUAAUCAAGUAAAGGACUUUAACGUGGGUGAGCUAAUGGGAGCUCAGUAUUGCACAUCGACCAUCGACCCGUCCAACGAGCUCAGAAGCAGCUCCGAGCAAUCUUUCCUAUCCAAAAUCAGGCCCAAUUCGCUGACAACCUAUACAAAUACCCUUGCCAAGAAGGUGAUAUUUGAUGAAAAGAAGAAAGCAACAGGAGUUCAAGUGAAAGGCUUGCUGGGCGAUAUCUUCACCCUUUCGGCAUCGGAAGAGGUUAUCAUCUCUGCCGGUGCUUUCCAAUCCCCCCAGCUGCUCAUGGUGUCUGGCAUUGGCCCCAUCGACCAACUAAAAGAGCAUGGAAUCGACAUUAUAGCCAAUCGACCAGGGGUUGGUCAGAACAUGUGGGAUCACCCAUUCUUUGCUCCUUCGUACCGAGUGCGAGUGACAACAUUCACUAAAUUUGCUACUAACGCGGUAUACGCGGCUGGCCAAAUUGUGGAAGCAUUACUCGCCAAAAAAGGAGCCGUCACAAACCCAAUCGCGGACUUCCUGGCCUGGGAGAAGAUUCCGCGAUUCUUGCGCUCAGCUUUCUCCGAGAAAACGCAGAGUAAACUGGCCAAAUUCCCAUCCGACUGGCCUGAAGCAGAGUACAUUUCUGCCGCAGGGUAUAUCGGCAACGCGUCAAACCUCCUAGCAACCCAGCCAAGAGAUGGAUACCAGUACGCCUCAAUCGUCGGUGUUCUGAUUACACCCAUGUCCCGAGGAAAUGUCACGUUGCGGUCGGCAGAUACCUCAGAUCUGCCAGUGAUCAAUCCCAAUUGGCUCGAUGAUCAGGCUGACCAGGAAGUUGUCAUUGCCAUGUUCAAGCGAAUACGGCAGGCUUUCCAGAGUGAAGCUAUGAAGCCCGUGGUCAUCGGCGAGGAGUACAACCCCGGGCCGCAGGUCCAGUCCGAUGAUCAGAUCCUCGAGUUUAUCAAGGACAAUGUGAUGACCCUGUGGCAUCCGAGUUGUACUUGCAAGAUGGGAACUUCCGAGGAUGAUAUGGCUGUGGUUGACUCCCAGGCCCGGGUUUACGGAGCGGACGGACUGCGCGUAGUUGAUGCUAGUGCAUUUCCUUUUCUUCCUCCUGGUCAUCCUCAGUCAACGGUUUAUAUGCUUGCCGAGAAGAUCGCGGCGGAUAUUAUCCGGGAUUCUCAAGUGCCUUGA